AUGAUCUCACUUCUGGAGACUCUGAGCCAUAAAAGGAUGUUAAUAAAGUAUCACUCGCGACCCACUUUCAGACAGCUCAAGUCAGUCAAAGUGCAGGUUUGGGGAGUAACAGAAUACAUGUAAUGGGAUUACGUAUUUAAAAUACAAAUAGACAGUAAGGCCAUAGUGGAGGGGAAUAUGAAGCUAAUCCUGGGUCUAGUGUGGACCCUGACACAGCAUUACUCCAUCUCCACACCAGUGUGGCAGGAUGAGGCCAACUAUUCUGUAUCCAAACUGAUGCCAGAGAUGAGGUUUCUGGGAUGGAUCCAAAACAAAGUCCCUGAGCUGCCGAUCACUAACUUCAGCUAAGACUGACAGGAUGGCAAGGCACUGGGUGCACUAGUGGAUGGACUAGCACCAGGACUGCUGUCUAAUGGUUUAAGGGUAGGUCAGCUGGCUGAAUUUAAGGUGGACACCUGCAAGGCUGGGCCUGGAAAUCUGGAUGUCCAUAUCACAAUGAUGCAUCUGUCACACAAAAAGACAAACAUGGAGUACUAUACACCUUUUGAGUACAAACCCAAUGUUGAAGGUGAACAUACAGUGGACAUCACCUGGGUUAAUCAGCACAUUGCCAAGAUCCCAUGUAAGAUCUAUGAUGGUCCAGAAGCUGGUCCACAGAAGAUCCGAGCAUGGGGACCAGGACUGGAGUGAGGGACUGUGGGCUUGUGAGCUGAUUUCUUGGUGAAAUCUGUGGGUGCAGAUUCUGGUAUGCUAGGAUUUGCUAUUGAGGUUACUGUAUAUCUCAGGCAAAGAUCGAAUGAUGGAUCCUGUCUGGUGCAGUUCUGGCCAACUGAGGCAGGUGAGUAUGCUGUACAUGUGUUGUGUGAUGAUGAAGAGAUCCAGAACAGUCCCUUCAUGGCCUCCAUUAAACCCAAGAGGAAAAACUUCCACCCAGAAAAGGCAAAAGUACAUGACCCAGGUGUUGCCCAAACUAGCUGCAUAAUGAAUCCCCAAACCAAAUUCACUACAGAUACCAGCCAAGCUGGUGGAGGACUCAAAAUGUAUGCCCAGAGUGUCGAUGGAGAGAGUGUAAAUCUUACUGUUGCAUCUGAAGAAUUUGGCAUCUUUAUCUGCUCCUACACCCCUUCAUCUCUCUUCAAUCACACCAUUGCUGUGACUUGGGGAGGGGUCAUGGUCUCUGGCUGCCCUUUCAUUGUAAUACCUUGCAGGAUUAAGCUUUCACCAUGCAGUCCAGUCUGGUUUAAACCAGAUGUAUUGGAAAUCUAUUGCUCUGAUGAUGAUAAUAUAUACUUUGAUCAAGACUUUCCUGAUAACAUUCGUCCUGAUGGACAUGAAGGGCUGGAUAUGAAUGUAGUCAGCCCUUUAAACUUGCCUGCUGAUGCCACAAAGGCUCAUGGUCCAGGCCUAAAAUAAGUAUUGGUUUGAGAACAGGCAGAGUUUGUCAGGCAGUGGAAGCCUUUCAUAAGUGUGGAUGGACCCUGUAAAGUUACACUACGAUGUUAGGACAAUCAAUAUGGCACUUGUUCUCUUUACAUUCCCGCAGUGGAUGGGGCCUACAAAAUGAGCAUCCUUUUUGACAACUCUCACAUUGUUGGCUCCCCAUUCAAAACUGUUAUACAAAGGCCGCUCAACCCAUCUAAAGUGUUUGCAUCGGGUCCUGGUUUGAUUCAGGGGAAAGUUAGUGAUACUUGCAAAGUUAAUAUAGACUGUGCAAUGGCAGGAUCUGGAGAUCUUUCUGUGCUGGCUGUCUAUGACUCCGGAGCUGUUGUCCAAACUGAAGUGAAAGAGAAUAGAAAUGGCACCAACACUGUUGUUUAAGUACCUCUGAUUGCUGGCGUGUAUACGCUUCUGAAAAAUGGAGGCAAGGUAGUGCCCAAGUCUCCCUGUAAAGUUACCAUGUAUCCAAAGGUCUACAAAAGCCAAGUUAAAGUGAUAAAGCGAGCAAACCAGCUAUACCAGAUUGUGAGCCCAGCUAAGACCAACCAACCAACCUGCUUUGUAACCAACAAGCAAUGCAAGUCUAUGGGUCUGCUAUGUGAAAAUCGUAAGUUCAAAAAGACACUGAAGCACACUAAAGUAGUUUACAUUGAUCUUGAAAUGACAGUGGAGGGUCUGUCUGAGUCCAGAGUAACUUGCAAAGACAACAGUGAAGGGAUGUAUAAUGUGGAAUAUACUCCUUCAGUGCCUGGUCAUGCAAUUACCAUUACCUGUGGAGGGAAAAGUAUACCAUGUACUCCCAUACAGUUCCAAGCGCUGCCUAAUUGUGAAGGUAUUAGAAAGCCUGCCUCAACUCAUGGUUUGAAUAUGGCAGAGAUUAUUAUAUAUUUUAUCUGUCCUAAAACUCAGAAAACUUUCAUUAUAGGCUGCAGUAGUAAUGGAGAAUCACCAGAGACUUUUGCUUUGGUGAAACCUGAUGAUGAGGUGAUCACACCAUAUGAAAAGACAGUAGAGGCUGAGAUUAUUGAUCAAAGAGAUGGGGCCAUCAUUUUUAAGUUUGAUCCUUCAGAGGAAGGUCUUCAUUUACUCAUUAAAUCUACUGUAAAUAAUAAUUUGUUAACAGGUAUAUCAUUCUUCCCCAGAGAGGCAGGAGAGCACCUGGUCAGUAUCAUUAAGGAUUGAGAGCAUGUGAGCAACAGCCCUAUCUCUGGCUCUCUUCAGUCAGAGAUGAGAGAUACCAGCAAGGUGAAAGCCUCUGGACCAGGUUUACAUACAGGGCACAAGAGUCCGUUCACAGCUGUGGUAACGGACAGUGGGUUGAUAAGAGAAAAUGUCACGUACAGCCAGAAACCAGCCACCAUUUCCAGUAUUGGGAGUGAAUGCAGCUUAGCCUUCAAAAUCACAGGUGUCUUUAAUAUAUGGACAUGUGGAGCUGGUGCUCUGUCUGUCUCACUGAAAGGCCCUGGAAAGACUGAGCUGGUUGGUUCUUGCAUUGUGUCCUACACAGCUCAAGAACCUGGUAAAGAUGUAACUGAGGUGUCAAUCAUGUAUAAUGAGGAGCAUGUAUCAGAAAGCCCUUUCCACAUGUCAGUCAGUGCCAUUACAGAUGAGAAUCUCACACUGGGACAAAUGGAACAAAGUGUCACUUGUCAUAAUGUGAUGAGUAAUGGUAAUAGGGAGCCCUCGCAGCCAGGGAUGGAAAUAAACUUAACAUCUGACAGCAGUGCUGACCCAGUCUUUCUGUCUCAUGCUAGUAAAAUUAUCAGCCAUGGCCCAGGCCUGAGUAAGGGCUUUCUAGGACAGAAAAACAAAUUUUAUGUGGGCUGCAGUAAAGCUGGAAGAAAUCUUCUCUUUGUUGGCACGCACCCCAUGGUGCUCUGUGAGCGGGUGUCAGUGAUUCACAUGGGUGAACAUCAAUACAGGAUCAACCAUGCUGUCAAGAAAAGAGUACGCAUAUUAGCAGUGAAGUGGGGGGAUGAGCAUAUCCCAGGAUCUCCUUUCCAUAUCACAGUUAUAUGA